AUGAGUGUUCGUGUGGUUGCCCGUGUGCGGCCUCUUUGGAAGACGGAGCGCGAACUUGAUGUGAUCGUCCGACCCGGAAACGUGUCGGCUGAUGCGCUCAAGGUAAAGAAGGACUCCCCUUCGCCCAAGGCUGCUGUUAAAGACCGGGAUACUCUCAUCAGGAUUCCGAAUCCCAAAAAUGAGGGCGAACAAUACACCUUUCAGUUCAAUGCUGUUUACGGAGGGGAAACAACACAACAGGAGCUCUUCGAAGCUGAAGUGGCACCUACUGUCAAACAUCUAUUCAACGGAUUUGAUGUUACCAUCUUUGCGUACGGCGUCACCGGAACGGGAAAAACACAUACUAUGCGAGGCGGUAAAAGUCUCCACGAUCGUGGAGUUAUACCCAGACUUUUGAGUGCUAUCUAUCGACGAAGUCGGAAGAUUGAGAAGGAUUCUGAAGGCGCAAGCAAGGUGGAGGUCUUGAUGAGUUAUUACGAAAUAUACAAUGACAAAGUGUUUGAUCUCUUUGAGCCUCCAGAGAAGAGGACGCUGGCCGGGCUACCGCUGAGGGACAAUCAUGGAAAGACCGUGGUUGUUGGCUUGACAGAGCGUCCAUGUCCCAGCCUGAAAGACUUUGAAAGUCUCUAUGAUCAAGCCAAUACCAACCGGUCGACGUCUGCAACAAAGCUCAAUGCUCAUUCCUCACGAUCGCACGCUAUUCUCUGUGUCAAGCUUGUCAUUACGAAUGGAGAGAAGACCCGUGUUAGCAUAGCAUCUGCCAUUGAUCUGGCUGGCUCAGAAGAUAACCGACGAACAGAGAACGGAAAGGAACGCAUGGUUGAAUCUGCGAGCAUCAACAAGAGUCUUUUUGUACUAGCCCAGUGCGUAGAGGCCAUCAGCAAGAAGCAGUCUCGUAUCCCUUAUCGAGAGUCAAAGAUGACUCGUAUUCUCUCAUUGGGCCAGAACAAUGGCCUGACGUUGAUGAUACUCAAUCUAGCUCCCAUACGUUCAUAUCAUCUGGACACCAUCAGCUCCUUGAACUUUGCCAAUCGGACGAAGAAGAUCGAAAUUAGAGAAGUUGAAAAUGAACCCAUGUUCAAAGGGCCGCCAAGGUCGACGCGGUUAGCAUCCGCCCCAUCCCAGCGCCAACCACUGCGGCCUUUGACUGCGUCUGUCAAUGUGAACAUUCCGGUAAAUGAUAAGAAUGAUGAGAAAAAGGGCGAUGAGAAAAAGCCAGCCAAGGCUUUUUUUGUGUAUUCCGACAAGCAGCCUGUCAAACCUCACAGGACAUCACUUAGACGGUCCUCCCCUCUGAAGCAGUGUACUCCCAAUGUUAAGCGCCAAUCUUAUUCAAAGCUAUCCAAAGAGACGGAAAAGAUCACAGGUGCCAGUCUCAACGGCGUGUCUGCUGAUGCAAUUGCAGAAAUGGUGGAAAAGAAAGUCGAGCAGAUGCUAGCAGCUCGGGCUCUUGAUGAUUCUCACCAGCAUCAAGCUCAAUUGGAGUAUAUGAAUGAGCAAAUGCAGCGUCGUCUAGAAGUGCUAGAGCGAAGAAUCGAAGGGACAGAAGAUGCUCGUGCCGAAGGGCUUUCCUAUCUCUUGAUGGCAAAACAACACCAUGGAAGGAAAGAGUUUGGUUCGGCUUUGCGAAUGUACAAGCUUGCGUUGCCGUUCUUCCCGCGUAACCAGAAACUUGCCAUCAAGAUAGCCAAUCUGGAAGAGAAAUUGCAAUCCAAGCCUAAGCCGCAGCCUGAACCGACAGUGACGCUGCCUGGACGAGGAAGUAUGCUCUCUAUCAGCAGGCCUGUCAAAAUGGCGAGGACAAAUUUGUCAAGGGAUAUGAGUGACGACGAAUAUCAAGAGUCUGACAAUGACCUUGUAGCGGAAGAUGAGGAUUAUACUGAGUCUUGCACUGGUCUCAAACGGAAGCGUGCGGGUCUGGAUUCGAAAAUCUCAUUUCAGUCUCAGGAUCAGCACACUUCUCUCAAUGAAAGCACUGCGGGUGAUUUUUUGAUGCAGUCUCCGCGAACAUCCCGCCUGCUUUCUAUCAUCAACUCGAGAGACGUCGGCCAGAUCAAGUUACUCAAGGGUGUGGGGGCUAAGAAAGCCGAGGCGAUUGUUGAUUGUCUGUGCGAGAUGGAUAUUGUGAACGAAUUAAGUGCCGAGCAAGCACAAAUACGAAGUCUUGCUGAGCUAGGCAGAUUGAAAGGUGUCGGUCUGAAGACCGUACAAAAUAUGAGAAGUGGUGUAUUGGUAUAG